CUUUGUUGCUUAUUACUAUAAUAAUUUUUUUUGAAUCCUAGUCCAUUCCUCACUUAAAUACCGACUUCUAACUCCUUUCGGACUACAAAUGGUCUAAUCCCCACUGUAUUCAGAGUUCAGUUCAAAAUUUGGAGUAUCUGACCUUACUUCCUCUUUGCUUUAUUUUCCUCUGCACUCUCUGGUCUCCACCUAUAUUCCCCAUUUCUCUCAAGCUCCCAAAACUAGGCCCUGUUUGGUCGAAUUAUUUAUAAGCAGGAGCUUAAAAAUGGCUAAUAAUAGAAAGCGUAGCUCACUCAGGCUCACUGUGCUGGGCUCAAUAGCUCUGCUCCUCUUAAUUGUUGGGCCUGGAUUGGGCUCCUCUCGAUUCCCGACCACUCUAGUCGCCCCAGCCCAGUCGGGGGUGUGCGCCUCUAUUGUUUCACCGCACGGUUACGAAUGCCAGGAGUACGAGGUGACGACUAAAGAUGGGUACAUUUUGAGCGUCCAACGAAUUCCGGCAGGCGGCGACGGAAAAAGUGGCGACGGCGGUCGCGGACCGCCUGUCUUGUUACAACACGGCGUUCUUGUGGAUGGUACAACAUGGCUAUUGAACGGACCAGGGCAAUCACUUGCAUUUAUCUUGGCAGAUGUUGGGUUUGAUGUGUGGAUUUCUAACUUGAGGGGAACCACACACAGUCGUAGACAUGUUACCCUUUAUGCUAAUAGUGAUCGAAAGUAUUGGGACUGGACGUGGGAUGAUUUGGUGGAACAAGACCUGCCUACUAUUGUAAAACUUGUGUUUGAUACAACCGGACAAAAAGUUCAUUAUGUAGGCCAUUCAAUGGGGACGUUAAUAGCCUUAGCAUCCUUGUCGGAAGGGAAGAUGGUAGACAUGGUCAAGUCUGCAACCUUGUUAAGCCCAAUUGCUUACUUAAGCCAUAUGGCCACUGCAGUUGCUUUCUUUGCUGCCAACUCUUUCAUUGGUGAGAUCAUUGGAGCCUUUGGUUUUGCUGAGUUUAAUCCUAAGAAUAAGUUUGUGUCUGAAAUUCUGAGGGCUAAGUGCUUUCAAGCACAACCCAAGAUAAACUGCAACGACUUGAUGACUAUAUUUACGGGGAAAAACUGCUGUCUAAAUUCCUCCAAUUUUGAGCUCUUCUUGGAAUAUGAACCACAACCAACAUCGACUAAGAACCUUGUGCAUAUGGCUCAGACUGUUCGCAGUAGAAUCCUAACGAAAUACGACUAUGAUCUGAAUAAUAUUGAGCACUAUGGACAACCUCGACCUCCCAUAUACAACCUCACAAACAUUCCUCUUGACAUCCCCAUCUUUAUAAGUUAUGGAGGUCAAGAUGCUUUAUCAGACGUUAAAGAUGUGGAGAAUCUACUCGAUUAUCUGAAGUCCCAUAAUAUUUUUAAAAUGCAUGUUCUGUACAUCCAAGAAUAUGCCCAUGCCGACUUUAUUUUGGGGAUAACAGCAAAGGACUUGGUGUACAACAAAAUCGUUGGGUUCUUCACAAACUGAGAUUGAGUUUUUUGGACUUUAGCUGCAAAUAAGUGAAAAGGUGGUUGUGUAUUUAUACUGUUGGUUAUCUCACUCAUGAUAAAUAUAUUGUGCAAUCUAAAUGACAAUACUUUAUACUCCGAUAUCAGUUUUACAAGUUUGUUAAUUGUUGUGCAACUCUUGACUUUUAUUUGCUUUGUGUUUUCUCUUGUU